GGGCGAGCUGGUGUCGUGGCGGAAGGUGGGCUCGGCGUCGCCUUCAGCAGCCCCGCCGGAGGAGCUCCCGCCGUCUCCUGGCCGCUGCCUCCCCUUCCGCACCUCGGGCCGGGCCAGUGGCGGGAAGGGCGUAACUCCGCGGGGCGAUAGCGAAGGCGCCUGAGGAGAAAGACCGGCGGCGCUGCCCGUCCUCCUCCUCCUCCCCCCGAGAGGCAGCCGGGGAGACCCGGCGGCGGCUCCUGUUCUCCUCCCGCUCCCGCUCCUCCUCCCCCAGCAGCAUCAUGUCGGCGGGCGGGGACUUCGGCAACCCGCUGCGGAAAUUCAAGCUGGUCUUCCUCGGCGAGCAAAGCGUUGGAAAGACUUCCUUGAUCACCAGGUUCAUGUAUGACAGCUUUGACAACACCUACCAGGCAACAAUUGGCAUUGACUUCUUAUCAAAAACGAUGUACCUGGAAGAUCGCACAAUCAGGUUGCAGCUCUGGGAUACCGCGGGCCAGGAACGUUUCCGUAGCCUCAUUCCCAGUUACAUCCGUGACUCUGCCGCUGCCGUAGUAGUGUACGAUAUUACAAAUGUAAACUCAUUCCAGCAAACCACAAAAUGGAUUGAUGAUGUCAGAACGGAAAGAGGUAGUGAUGUCAUCAUCAUGCUUGUAGGAAACAAAACAGAUCUAGCAGAUAAGAGACAAGUAUCUAUUGAGGAAGGAGAGAGGAAAGCCAAAGAGCUGAAUGUAAUGUUCAUUGAAACUAGUGCAAAGGCAGGAUACAACGUAAAACAGCUUUUCCGACGCGUGGCAGCUGCUUUGCCUGGAAUGGAGAGCACACAGGACAAAAGCAGAGAAGACAUGAUUGACAUCAAACUUGAAAAGCCUCAAGAGCAGCCCAUCAGUGAAGGAGGCUGUUCCUGCUAAUAGUGUGUUGGUUUUUUCCUCCUUUCUCAGACCAUCACCGGCUUCUCCCUCCCCUUCCCUCCCCCCCUCCCCCCCCUCCCGGGACCCCUUGACAGCAGUGUGAUGAUUGGCUUGCCUUCUCCCCACCCCCCCUUAACCUCGCACGGUUCCUCAUCGCUGCCUGUCUCGUGAAGAUGACCUGUUAGCUUCACAAGCACAAAAGAAAGUCCGUGUCUUCAUUACAUAGAAGGAAAGGGUGAAAGAGCCAGAACGACCCUACCAUAUUCCUGUAGUUCUUAAACAACAACUAGAAAGUUGGGUACAAAUUUGUUAGGUCUGUUCCUUUUCUUAAAAAAAAAGAGUUGUUAAAAUAUUGCACAUGUCGAAUGGAAACGGGAGCAAGAAUGGCAUUUGGAUUGGUGAGCAAGGGACGUGCAGGGUAGAAGCAGCCGCUGCCCACGGCAAGCCACGAGCGUUACCGGAUGAGCGAAUCCUCUGAUUUGGCAAAACCAAGAGAGACUCUGCUGCUUCUCAGUCCGACGUCAGCUUUUGGAGAAUGCAAAGCUGGGUGAUUACUGUGCUUUUGGUGGCUUUGCUUAUUUCCGUUCUUUAACUGUGUGAACGAACCACCUUUGGGCUUCAGCUCAGAGGAUGCUUUUUGUAAGGUGCAGGGUUACCGAUACUUAGGUAUAGACCUCAGGACCUCUCUCGGUUCUUUGGUGCAAUUAAACGGGCUCACAGCGCAGUCUCUGGCUUUUGCAUCCUGGUGGAACAGUUUCAGAACAGGCACUGGGGCUUUUAACAGGUUCUGCCUAUUAAGAGAAACCGUUUUAAGUGAAGUCGGUUUCUAAAAAGAGGUGUGUAAGCUACCAAGCUUGUAAGUUCAUGUAAACUGAGGAAGAAGGAACAGGACAGGAGAGAACAUUUGGGAGUUCAGACUAAACUGGAGGGGGCGGUUAUAAAAGUCAGUUUUUAAAACUCCCUUUUUAAAUGACGAAGGAAGGGGGGCAUAAGAUGGAAACAAAACUUUCAAUUAUGCAGCCUGUUGCCUUUACUUUCAGCAUUAUUUUUUUACAUUCAGUCUUCAGUCUAUGUAUGUACUGCGUAAUUUGGUUAAGUAACUGGUUGUUUAGUAUUAUGUUUAACUUAACUACAAUUAACCUUGAACUUCCUUCAAUAUUUAUUUCUCUACUUUAAAUUUGUUUAGCAUUCAAAGAAGGGUUUUUGGGUUUUUGUUUUUUUUUAGGAAUUUGUUAAUCCAUUUAAAGCUUUGGCAAUGUUGCAAGAGAGAGAGAUUUUGGAAACACAGACACGCGUUCUGUCUCAUACACACACAUGCGCCCACACUGCAGAAGUGCACUCUUAAUCUGUACUAGUCAUUGUGAAGUUGCUAUGUAAGUUAACACAACUGUAAAUACAUUGUUUGCCAGAAGAGUUUGUGGAGGGGGAGGGGGCCGUGCUGGAAAAGCUUCGCCACUCCUUUCUCAAAGCGCUGGUUUGGAAAGGCAGCCCGGCGUCAGUUGGGGCCCUAAUCGCGAGGCCCCCCUUCCUCUGCCUGGUGGAGCCAGAACAGCAGAUUCAUCACUCUGACUUGAGUUUCCAGUAACUUUGCAUCAUCUCGUAUUAAAGGGCAGAAUGAUAUAAAAAUGCUUUUAAUGCAAUAUUGAAGAGGUGGCUUCCCCCCCCCCCUUUAAAAGUAGCAUGUCUAGGAAUAAAUGUUAAAAUACGGCAACGGGCGAUGAACUUACCCUGGAAAGAAACUCAAGGAGACAGGGCUACCUUUCCUGUAUUGUUGUAUUCUACAUGUGCAGAACGUUAAACAAGAAUCCAUCUCGCUGCAUUCUAAUAACUGAGUUUUCUGUGGUUUGGGUUCUUAAAGCAAUUAAAUGUGUACACGGGUUGGAUUUUUUAAAACAUGCACAGAAUUUUUUGCUUCCAAUAAAGUAUCUAAUCAAAACA